UAGCCAGUAGCUUACGAAAUUACAUCAACUGCUGUUGGCGCUGUGGGUAUUUGCGACGCCAUGUGAAGUAAACAGGCCCAUUGUUCGGAGAGCUGUACUAUGGCUGCACCAUGGUACAUUCCCAUUGUACCAACGCACUAGCUGGACUACUAAUCCGGGGGUCGGAAGAUGGAUUGCGCAUUGCACGAUUAAUAAGGUUACAAGCGAAAAUUGACGCCAUGCGGAGAAGCGCAUGGCAACAUUGGGGAAAAGGAAUCUCCGAUCAUCUCCGAUGCUGCUAUCUGAUGCGUGGUUAGCGGGAAUACGGGUUAUCGUGAAGUGCCGUUGGUGCAGUGACACGCUUGGUAUCGUUGCUCAAAAUCUUCAGUGCGAGGCAGUGAAUGGAUUUUACGUGUUGAAUUUAAUAUUCGAGCUGCAAUGAGCGAUUCUCAGCCGUUAUCAGUCUGCAUAGAAGAAUGGGACGCUCUCGAAAACGAGUACAUCGGUUUGGAGAAAACUUACCGCAAUUACCUCCAGUUGAUGGGACAGCUGCAGAAAGCACAGGACACCUGCCUGAAAGAACUGCAGCACCAUCACUAUCGGGCAUCUCAGAUCGUCCACUCCCUUUCCAGGGUGGAAGCGGAGCCAAACUCUGAAAAUGCCGCACGAAAAGCCGAGCUACUCAAGAAGAUCGAGGCUAAAGAAGGACAGCUGGACGACCUUGCACAGGACUUGCCCAGGCCAAACGGUCUUUACCUGCAGAUUGUUCUUGGCAGCGUAAAUCUCUUCCUCAAAGAUGCAGAAAAGUACAAAUAUAAAACAGAAUAUGAGCAAUUCAAACUCAAAGUGACAGUCUGCAUUGUAGUUUGGUCCAUUCUCUGCAUAAUCUCUAGCUACAGGGCGGUUGACGCCAUCUUGCAUUUCCUCUUGGUGUGGUACUACUGCACGCUUACAAUACGUGAAAGCAUCCUCUGCAUUAACGGCUCAAGAAUCAAAGGCUGGUGGAGAUUACACCACUUCAUCACUACUGCACAAGCAGGCAUCAUCAUAGUAUGGCCUGAUGGUGUUAUUUAUAGGAUGUUCAGGCUGCAGUUUGUAACAUACGUCUGUGUCAUAAGCUUCAUCCAGUUUUGCCAGUUCUACUAUCAGCAAGGAUGUCUGUAUAGAUUGAGGGCCCUGGGUGAAGGCCAUAACAUGGACAUCACAAUCAGUGGUUUUCGAUCGUGGAUGUGGCGAGGCUUGUCUUUUCUUCUUCCAUUCCUGUAUUUUGCCUAUAUGCUUCAGGCGUAUAAUGCUUACACAUUAUACCACCUCAGCAAGCUCCCACAGUGCAACGAAUGGCAGGUGUUUGUAUCUGCCGCGGUGUUCUUCAUCCUCUUCCUUGGGAACAUCACCACAACGUCCUAUGUCAUCUUCAACAAGCUGAGGGGGCGCACCCUAGUUCGAAGGUACAAUAGGUCUGGUCAUGAUCAUGCCCACAGCAACUGAACAUGCAUGAACAUUAUUACCAGGGGCCUGCUUUGCAUUCAUGUUGUCGCACAGUGCAGUAACUGUCAGUCCUACUAUUCGCCAUUCGCAGUGAAAAACGUGACACUUGCAGUCGUCUUUUACUCUCGUUAUUGUUGUACCCAAGCUGCUGUUGUGUGUGUGUUUGUUGCUCUGUGAUGCGAAACAAUAGAACGACACGCACACGAACCCUAUCAAUACCGCAGACUUGUUUCGUCAUGUGUCGCAGUGCCUAAUACUAAUGUCAAUCUAAUGGGUAUAAAGGAACGUAUGACUUUCAGUGUUGCCAUCUUACCUACUGGUUUACAGUAAGGUCCGAUGUGUCCUCUUCGCCUUUUUCUCUGAUCGUUGCAGUGUGUUUAUCCGAAAUGUCAUCCAGUUACUAGCCGAGUAAAUGGUGACAUCUGCUAUGUGUCGCUUCCAGGCAGCUGCUUUUGUACAUUGCCCAAGGCAAGACUAGCCAAUCUGUUAUGUAAGAAAGUGUUACCUGUGAAACGUUAAGGACUAAGUAGUGAUAUACUUUGUGAUCGACGAUGUGAUGAACUCUUCUAUUAGCCAAGAAGGGUACAUUUUUUUCACAGAAAUGUUGCUACCAAGUGUUCACCAAAAAUGUUUGGCUUUGGUGGCAUAGUGAGUACCCCCUCCCAGGAAGAAGUGUAUCUCCGAAACAAGAAGUGGGUGACAGAGAGGUACCCUCAUGGUAUCUGUGCCACAUCUAAGAUAUAGUAUUUGGCUUUCCUUGGUGCUGAGAGAGGAUGUGUUAUACCAAAGCCUUUGGUGUGGUUCCAAAACUGUCUAUACACAAACUGACAUAAACUUUGCAGUGCAUUUAUCCUCAUUCUAUAUACUAUUCGUACUUCUGAAUAACUUUUUGGCUAACAUGUAUAUCGAUGUCACGUUGAAUGAUAGUAUUGCCUUGUUUGAAACACGGGUAAGCUAUGGUGUAUGUUUCAUGAGAUGACGUUUUGACUGAGAAGUAUUUAAACUUACAACUGACACACAGCUUUUCCAGGCCGUUGCAAAUACAACAGAAUGUCAAAAAGCUCGUCUUCAUGUGGGCGAAGAACAUAAACACUGGUUACUUGUGACGGACGUGUUUUUCCAGGUGCUUUUGGAAGUGGGCAAAGUUCACAAACUAAAAAGCUGAUGACGUGAUAUUGUGCAGGAACUGGAAUCCGCACAUGCCGUUUCCAAUUUAAGAUCUCUGUAAUAUAACGGUUGCAAGAAUAAAAUAUGCAGCAGAAUUUAUUAACAUCG